UUCAGGCAUCAUUCUGUCAUAUGUGAGCUGUGACGGAGCCCUGCUGUAACCUUGUGUGAUUUCAGGAGAGAGGUGCACUUCAGCGUUUAUGAAAAUGGAUUUAAACGCCAUUAUAGAGCAAAUGGAGACAGGAGACCAAGACGCGGCUUUGGUGGCGUUACAGACCUACAACAAGGAGAAGAACCAAUGCUUUACUUUCAGCAAGGAAGAGGAGUCUGACAGAGAGGAGGGGAAGUUACAAGAGCGUCUGGGGGAGUUAGUGCUUGGCUUCCUGAACAAGGAGUUGCAGCCUUCCUGUCAGCUGGCCUGUCUAGAAACCACUCGCAUCCUCUCUCGAGACAAACACUGCGUGAAUCCCUUCAUCACCCGGUCUGCCAUGGCCACCCUUGCCCGCUAUGCUGGCAUCAUGGUUCAUACUGACACACCCGCCCCCAGCCAGCCAGAGGAUGGCCAAGGUAUUGGAACAUCAGAAGGUGAGGAACAGGGAGGAGAGAGCCAGGAAACGGCAAAAGGAGUGACCGAAGUGGUGAAAGAAGCCCCACCUCCCUCAGAAAACCCUGACCUCGAAGUAAUUGUAGAGGCUCUGAAAUCCAUCUGUAACAUCCUGCUACACAAUGAGACGGGGCAGGUGGUAGCGGCCGAGCUGCAGUUGAUGAAGGGUGUGGCAGAGAGGCUGAAGCAGUCUCAUGACCCUACCUGGAACCAUGAGGUACGUUUCUUUGACUUGCGACUCACUUUCCUGCUGACAGCCUUGAGAGUGGAUGUCAGGGCACAGCUGGCCCAAGAGCUCCACGGCAUUAGUAUCCUAGGGAACCAGCUAGAUGCCACGCUGGGUCUGUGUUGGCCGGACACCUUGGAGACAUCCAGGGUUGGUUCAGAGGGCGUCCCACCUGAAGAUCUACCUCCCCUCAGCCGCCAGCAGACAGAACGAGCCAUGGAAAUACUGAAAACGCUGUUCAAUAUUACAUUUGACACAGCAAGACGCAAAGUCGACGAGGAGGACGCAGCAGAGUACAGACAUUUGGGAGCCAUUCUGAGACACUGUCUAAUGAGCCAUGCAGAUGGAGAGGAACGUACUGAGGAGUUUCAUAGCCAUACAGUGAACCUGCUAGGUAACCUCCCCCUCCCCUGUUUGGAUGUCCUGUUGUUGCCCAAAGUCCAACAAGGCUCCAUUGAGUACAUGGGGGUCAACAUGGACGCUGUUAACAUGUUGCUGGAAUUCAUGGAAAAAAGACUUGAUCGGGGUAAUAAGCUGAAGGAGACCCUUCUCCCAUCCCUCAACUUGUUGACUGAGAGUGCCCGGAUCCAUCGAGAGACCAGAAAGUUCCUCAGGUCGAAGGUCCUGCCCCCACUUCGUGAUGUGAAGAACCGACCAGAGGUCGGCAACGCCCUGAGGAACAAACUAGUUCGCCUGAUGACACACAUCGACACAGAUGUCAAGAACUGUGCGGCUGAAUUCCUCUUUGUUCUAUGCAAAGAAAGCGUUUCCAGGUUCAUUAAGUACACUGGUUAUGGUAAUGCUGCUGGCCUGCUGGCUGCCAGAGGACUGCUGAGGGGGGGCAGAGACUCCGGGAUCUACUCUGAAGAUGAAGACUCAGAGACCGAGGAGUACAGAGAGGCCAAGGCCCAUAUAAACCCAGUAACAGGAGUUGUAGAAGAGGAGCAGCCUAACCCCAUGGAGGGAAUGACAGAGGAACAGAAAGAAUAUGAGGCCAUGAAGCUGGUCAACAUGUUUGACAAACUGUCAAGGAAUAAUGUGAUCCAGCCAAUGCAGCUUGGUAUGGAUGGCAAGAUGAGGGAGAUUAACCCAGAGGACUUGCAUAAACUGACCCACAAUCCCGCCGCCCAGCCCGAAAACCCACCACAACCAGACAGUGAAGACGAGGCUCAGUAAACACAGAAGCAUGUAGACUGAUACACACACAGACACAUUCAACACCUGUGACAACAACUGCCUGGUCAUUUUACAUAUAAUUACAUGGUCCAACUUGUUCCUGCCUACUCUUUGUGGUGGAACUAAAUGGAAAGCGAAAUAAAGGAGUGGUUAGAUCCGUUCACUGUAAGGUCUGUCUGAAGCAGGAGGAGCUAAAACAACAUGGAGAACAUGAGAGGGAGAAUCAAUUAUUUUCCUGACUAAGGAUGCAGAAAUAGAGUCAAUGUUUGAUAAAAACAGAGCAAUGCAGGUUUGGAGCAGUUAUUGAAUAAUUUAUUACACACUACAUGUUAUUAUUUUAAAAAUAGUGUUAUUGUUUUAAUUAGUAAUCCCUGGGACCAAUAAUCUGUCACAAUAUUUUUGAUAUUGAUAUUACAGAGAAAGUUCCAAAACUGCACAACUGAAUCUUGAAAGCCAAACAUCUCAGCACCAGCACCUGGCCAAGUAAACACAGAUAAAAUAGUAGUAUUAAUCAACAAGCUACGUAUAUAUUAUUGUCAUUUUGUGCUAUGGGACAGUAAAAACAUUUCUUACUGCCCAUUUAAAGGGAUAGUUCACCCAUUUUGAUAAAUGUGAUAUUGUUUCACCAUUUAAGUUGAGGAAAGCAAAAACAACUUAACCCAAUAUGACCUGACUUUAGUCCCUCGUGAGCGUUUCUGUAUGGGUCAGCUGCUAAAAUGAGUCUCAGGCUUGUUCAAAGAAAACUCAGGCAAUUAUCUUGUAUCCAGAAUUAAAAAGCCUUUAUUUCAAUGGCAUGCCAAGACAGACUCUGACAAAAGGACAGACAUGUCUUCUGUGAAACAUUGACCUGAGUGUGACUAAGUGUGACCUGUUUUCUAAUGCUCUUCACAUGACACGAGUAGUGAGAACCGUUUCCUGGCCAGGUCCCUUUGUUAAAUUGCUCAUUUUGGUUUGUGGACUGAAACAACUUGUAGGAAUACACCAAGUUUAUGGGAGACUGUUCUGUUGGUCACAUAUGAAGUAGGCCUAAUGACACCAAAAUCACUGAUUUGUACCCUGUAGAUCUUUAGCUCCAGCACUCCAUGCUCACCCUUCAGCAUUCAUGAAUAUAAGUUUUAGGGCUUGAAAACACCCAACUAGCUAUGAGAUGAAUCACAAUCUUAUAAAAACUGAUUCACUGAAAAACAAAACAAGAUAAACAAAAAGCAAAGGUCCAAAACUAUGUACUUAAUAGGUUUUACAGGGAAUGAAGUGCAAUGUCCCACAGAGUGUGCACAGGACACAAUUAAGCAUAUUCGCCUAGUAUGAGACAUACACCAUCUGCUUCUCUUACCAAAUGAAUGCAGGCAAAUAGCUGAACCAAGCAUAAACUAUUUAUUUUGAAAGCUAGUCAAAGAUGUCCACUUAUAUUCCUGAGGGUGGAAUCAGAGCAUUCUGCAGUAGGAAUUUUAGAUUAAUCUUUGUUGUGUUUUGUUUUUCUCUUUUUUCAGAAUGGAUGUGUUAGGUUUUGCAGUGAAGAAUUUGCAUUUUGGACUGAAGCACUGGGAAUAUUUUAUUUAUUUUAUUUUUAGACUAUGAAAUAUGAAGCUACAGAAGGCAGAGAAAAACAUGUAUUCACAGAUUAUGAAGUUGAAAUAUUGAUGUGUUGUAUGGAAAAGAAUGAGUCUAUGAAACAGAGAAUAUAUAUUUAAUGUAUCCUUAUUUAUAUUGUACUGUAUAUAUGACUACUAAUUCUAACGUGGACUGUAAUUUAAAGUAAAAUUGUUUAAAAAUA